GAGUGUUGGGGGUCUAUGAGCCGCCCACCGGCAGCUGUCAUGCUCGCAAACAUGUUCUUCAUGACCUGCAUCUCCGUAUCAUCAUGAGCAUCAGGCGUCGUUGAGGAGCUUUUCCGUUGCUAUUCGAACUCAUCAGAAUCUGAUGAUAUGAGCAGAAUGAUUGCUAUACCCACGAGAUCCGCCAGUGUCAGCAAGGCGUUUCAGUUCGCUGAUCUUGCGAUACGUAGCGCAGAUGUAGGAAGCGAGAGCGAAGUCUUCUUGCGAACUAUACAAAUCGUUCGUAACGACCUGUCCGAGGUUGAGCGUUUGGUGGCCGUUGUCUCGGUACGGACAAAACUCGCACAGACACCCGAAAGACUCCCUUGGAUAAGAAGUUGUAUCGAGAACACCACCUCUGCCUUGGAGGAGAUCGGCAGAUGGGUCGACUGCGGCAGUACCGGGCAGUAUCGAAAUGUCUUGGACCAAUCUCAGAAACUUCGACACACUCUCAACGACCGCGAGCGACUAGCCGACCGCAAAAGCGAACUCAUGGCAUGCCAUCAACAACUGUCCAACGUACUCAGCUUCCUGAAUCGCUUGGAGGACCUUCCCAGUACUAGGGCGCUGCCAACGUAUCAAGACACCACCUACUUUGACGACAUCGUGUCGCGGCACAGAAGAUCAACCGGCCAUGCUCAACUCGAUGAUGGUUCACCGAAGGUCUUCUUGGGGGACAGCAAUCGAACGAUAUCUUACCCUGCCACCAACAAUUCGUGGUCAGUGAACCAGAAGUCGUCCCUUCAUGAAGCACCAUACACACAAGACACGUCGACCACGGAUGCGGUGAAGUCUACCUUACGGUCAUUAUGUGGACAAACGCAAGCGAUGCCAAACCAUCUAGACUACAAGCCAUACAACCCGCGAUAUCAAUUGCCUCCCAGCCUACCAAGCAGUCCGCCACCUACUUAUGCGUCGGCUGAACAGCGCAGUCCCCGCUCGGAAACAUACCCUGAAGAUACCAAGCGUCAUCUCAGUAUUGAUCAGCCGAGCCAUAGAAGCUCGCGAUCAUCGCCGAGUGAAGUGCGUGAUGACGCGCAUAACAUACAGUCAGUCAGAAAAGACACAUGGGCCUAUACAUAUCCAGAGAGGCAUCAAGCGCCAGCAGAACUGGCGGGCAACAGUUUCAUGAGUGGCACAAACUCGGACGGACCAGUGAAUCCGUAUGCGUUUCAUCCUACUGCGCCAACGCCAGUCCCAAGACCCUAUGCCUUUGAAGACAGCAAGAUUGAGACUUUAUCGGAGCUGUUGGGGGAUGUGGAUCUGGCCGUGGAGCUGCCCGGUAAUGAACCAGCCCAUUUGUCAAGGCAUAGUCUACGGCUGAGCUGGGAUACGUCUAACCACGGGCCGCCCGCACACCCAGCAUACAAGCAUGAGCAUCCAGAAUCGGUUUCUGAGCUACCGGCUAUCCCAAGACGUAGACCGGUCAUAUCGCAUACGGUUAGCGAGCCGACCGCUAUUCUCAACGAAACAUCAGUCACGCCGCCGAGAUUCGAGCUCGAUUCUGUGUCCUCUCAAACACACCCUUCUCUGAUCACACGAGGUCAGGCUGGUUCUGGUAGGCACUGGUCUGUGUCUUCUGUCUCUUCAAGCCCACGGCCACCAACGAGCAUCAAUGUAUCUCCGAACACUGUAACAUAUGUCGCUCCACUUGCGCCGCAAGCAAGCCAUGGUCAUGAACGGCCCCUAUCAUCGCACGCGCCACAGUCAACAAACAAUAAAUCAUCAGCGAGGAUGAGACGUCAGAAACACAUGUUGGAUCUACUUGAUAGCAUUGAUAGAUGACAAUGUCACUACAAAUAUGCUUCUCUCUCUCACAUCAUUCACAUGUGACUGCGCUGGAAUCUAUUCUUACAGGCUGAACAGGUUGAUCAUCAUACAGCACAUCCAAGGACUGAUCAUAUUGGCCUGCUACAUCCAACCCGUACC